CUCCGUCCCUUCUCCUCCUCCAUAUAAUCAGAUGCGCCGCCGUGUCCUUGCAUCGAUCGAGUCGAGCGCGCACCGCACUCCGACCGUCGUCCUAGGUUUUUCUUCCGCCGUCGAUCUAGGCCGCAGCAGACCCAGCAGGCAGCAGCGCACAUGGCGCGGAAGGGGUGCGUCGGGACGGCAAUGCCGGCGGCGGCGAUGACGCUCGAGGUGACCGUGGUGUCCGCGGAGGGCGUCCGCGUGGCGUCGGGCCGCCCGCUGUGCCGCGGCGCCUACGCCGUGGUCCGCACCGCCUCGUCCUCCGCGCCCACCCGCGUCGACGCCGACGCCGACUGCCACGGCUUCCCGUACUGGGCCGAGGCCGUGCGCGUGGCGCUCCCCGCGGGGGCGCCCGCGCUGGACGUGGAGAUCUGCCGCGCGCGCGCCGGCGGCGGGCGCCCGGCUGCCGAGCCCGUGGCGGCGGCGCGCGUCCCCGUCGAGGACUUCACCGUCGGCCCGCCGGGGCACCUGCACUGCCUCAGCUACCGCCUGUUCGACUCCGGGGGGCGCUGCGGGGCGCGCGGCCGCAACGGCAUCGUCAACAUCACCGUCAGGAGGCUCGACGGCGCGCCGCCGGCCCAGGGGAAGGCAACGGCACCGGCGGCCGGGAAGGCUGUGGACGCCGCCGCCCCGAGCGGGAGUGGCGUUUCGUGCUCUGCCGCCGCAGCGAGCCUGGGGAAACCGGCGGCUCCCGCUGGUGCGGUGAUGGGGUACCCCGUCGGGUGCUAGGCGACUGUGCGUGCCAACAUCAAGCGCUGUGUACAAAUCAGCGCUACUAGUGCUAGAGUGUGGCUUCUGGGUUGCAAUUAGCCUGUCUGAUCUUGCAGUCAGGAUGUUCUUGAGCUUUUUACGUUUGAAUUUCGUUUAGGCAUUGGAUGAUUCCAAGAACGUAAGGAAUACCAGGGUCAAAAUGCCAACGUCUGGCUCUGUGUAUAUAGGUCAAAACUAAUCAAUCUGAGUACUAGUUUAAUGUCUGAUUCUUG